AGAACCAAGAUAGUUGUUAUAGUAGAAAGUAAUCUAAAAUGAAUAUAUGUACAUCGGUUCUGUUGAUAGCUUUUGUAGCUACAGCUACAGCUUCUCCAUUUUUAAACCAAACAAAUCUUGGUGAUAGCUGCACAAUUUCUAAAUGGGAUGACGUUAGUAAUGUAGUGAAAAGUUGUACCAAAAUCGUUGUUCAAAACUUAGCAGUACCUGCAGGAAAAACUUUGGAGCUGGACCUCAAAUCAGGCACAUCAUUGACGUUUUCCGGAACCACCAGUUUUGGAUAUGGAACCUAUUGGGAGGGACCUUUGAUUGUGAUUAAAGGUAAUAAUAUUCAAGUCUCGGGAAAUUCUGGAUCCAAAUUGGAUGGUCAAGGUGCUCACUAUUGGGAUGGAAAAGGUGAUAAAGGUAACAAGAAACCUAAAUUUUUCAAAAUUCAAGCUACUGGUGGAUCUGUAUUUAAAAAUAUCAAUCUUCUGAAUUGCCCUCAUCAGUGUGUAUCUAUUCAAAAUUCUAAACAACUUACGAUCAGCAACUGGAACAUUGACGUAUCAGCUGGAGACAAAAACAAGCUUGGACAUAAUACAGAUGGUUUUGAUAUAUCGGGAUCUGACACAGUUAAUUUUGAAUCUUGCACUGUACAAAAUCAAGAUGACUGUGUAGCUGUGAAUUCUGGUAAGAACCUUCAUUUUAAUCACAUGACUUGUUCUGGUGGACAUGGUCUUAGCUUAUCCAUUGGCAUGAGUAAAACUGACUCUUCCAAAAACUAUGCGCAGAACAUAACUUUUGAAAAUUCCAUUGUUAAAAACUCCAGAAAUGCCAUUCACAUUAAAACACAUACUGAUGCCGCCACAGGAUACAUCAAAGACGUAACAUACAGCAACAUCCAAAUCUCAGGUAUCACUAAUUAUGGCAUUAACGUUCAAGAAGAUUAUGCAAAUGGUGGUAGUACUGGCAAGGCUGGAAAUAACAUCCCCAUAUCUGGACUGAAAAUGAACAAAAUAACUGGAGGCAUGACAUCUAACAACGCCAUGGCCGUUUAUAUCCUAUGUGGAUCAAGCGGUUGCUCCAAUUUUAACUGGUCUGGAGUUUCAAUAACUGGAGCUAAGAAAUCUAGUUCCUGUAGUUUUAAGCCUAAUGGCUAUUCUUGUUAAAACUUCAUAGUUUACUUGUUAAACUUAUUGUAAUAAAAAAAUUAUUCUGUU